AUGGCUACUAAAGCUUGGCUUUUCUUAAGUCUCAUUGUUGUUCUUUUCAUCGCUUCUGAGGUGGCAGCUAGGGACCUAGCUAAAAACUCGGCAGAAAAUAAGAACAAGGAAACAGAGAAAGAAGAAGAGAUGCAAACUGAACAGUAUGGUGGAGGCCCUGGUGGAUAUGGUGGCCGCGGUGGUGGAUAUGGUAACCGCGGUGGUGGAUAUGGUAAUCGGGGUGGAUAUGGAGGACGUGGUAGAGGAUAUUGUCGCUACGGCUGCUGCUACAGAGGCUACUACGGUGGCUGCUCUAGGUGUUGUGCUUAUGCUGGUGAGGCUGUUCAAGCUCAUCCAAGGAGUACUGAGCCUGCUCACUAA